AACGAAGUCCUUCGAACCAUACCGCUUCAUUACAUGGUACGAAUCCUGCUCCUUUUAUUGCUGUGCAUUGGAGACAUCAUGGCCGAACGACUCAGCGCAUUUAUUCGUCAUUACGAGCCAGUUCUGUUCACCCAAUUAACAUCACAGCCGCGAUUCAAGCGUUCCGCGGACUCUGGGGAACGUUUCCAUGUUCGAUUCCACGGGAUGGGCAGAUAUUUCCACCUGAUACUACAAAGAGAUACAUCAUCGUUUGCAAAAAACUUCGUGACUGUGAGAAACAACAGAACCAUUCUCUUGAAUAUCUCUCACAUAUAUUCUGGAAAGCUAGCUGGUGACCCGAAUAGCAGAGCGUUUGGGACACUUCAGAGAGGUAUUUUCGAAGGACGCAUCCAGGCGGGAGAUGGGUCCGAGUACUAUAUUGAACCUGGGAGGAGAUAUUUCGGCAAGUCCGUUCCCAUCAACUUCUGUGUGAUCUAUUCAGCACGAGACAUAGACCUGCCACUAGAUGUUGACUCCCGUGGAGGAUGUGGCGUGGACCGACUCUACCAACGAUUCGUCCCUCCGAAAAACUCGUGGAAACGUCAACAGGGAAUUCGCCGCCACAAGCGUGCCAUUGACUACGUGGAAUUUCCUGCGAUGCCAAUACACCACAAGAAGAACAGGUCUAGGACAAUGGAGAGCUCUUCACGACGACUUUGCCAUCUGGAGAUUAUUGUGGAUCACACACUUUACCUGCGAUUUCUUGUUGAUGAUGACGAUUCGGUGGCACAAGAACGAGUGGCCGCCCUCGUUGCGUCUCUUGUUCAUGAGGUCAGCUACAUUUUCGGCUCCACCAACUUUGGAGGCAUUGUCGGCGUCCGCUUUAAUGUGAUGUCGCUCAAGAUCAAGGACUCGCACACAUGUGAUGGCAGGCAGAAGCAGACCAACCCGUACUGUUCCGACACUCUGGAUGCCAACGACAUGCUCUCCCUCAUAUCUGCUGAGCAACACGAUGACUUUUGCCUGUCGUUUACUCUUACGUACCGAGAGUUCAGUCAAGGAACGCUUGGCCUAGCCUAUAUUGGAUAUCCAGAUGAUAGGGUAGGUGGUAUAUGCGAGAAGUUCCGCACAUUGCAACUUUCUGGCGGUCCUCGUCAGUUAAGCUUAAAUACAGGCAUUGUCACGUUUCUCAACCAUGGAAGCAGUAUUCCUCAAAAGGUCAGUGAGACAACUUUCGCUCACGAGAUUGGUCACACCUUCGGUGCCAAGCACGACAAAAGCAGAGUGUGCGCUCCAGGAGGUGUAAAAGGAAAUUUUAUCAUGUAUCCAAGAGCAUCGUCUGGGUACUUGGAAAACAACCGCCUAUUCUCGCCUUGCAGUAUCUCAUCCAUAUCCGCUGUCCUCAAGGCUGUACUAUAUUCCCUGUACGAGAAGGAAAAUUGCUUCCUGGCAUCUGCGACUGCGUUCUGCGGCAACAAAAUGCGAGAGGAGGAGGAAGAAUGUGACUGCGGUUACAACACCGCGGAUUGUCGUGACCAGUGCUGCUAUCCUCGCAACAACAAGGAAAAUGCCAAAGGCUGCACAUUGCGUCCUGACGUCGACUGCAGCCCUUCAGCCGGCACCUGCUGUAACAAGAACUGCGCGUUUCUGGGUUCCAGUCACAGGUGCUCUUUCGAGGACGAGUGCAGCGACGGUUCAAACUGCAAUAGCUUCUCCUCGCAGUGCCCAGCUCGCCUGCCCAAGCAAGACCUCAUUCCUUGUAACAAGGAAACUCAAGUAUGCAUCGGAGGUCAGUGUCAAGGAUCCAUUUGCAUAAAGUAUGGUUACGAAGCAUGCCAACUUUCUGGUAGCCAGUAUUCCUUGGAAGAAAUGUGCACCAUCCGUUGCCGCGUACCCAACUCCACGUCUACCUGUCUAGACCCGUGCGAAGUUCCGGUGCUUCAGCCGUUGUGCGGUAGAAAGAGCGAGCCCGGUGCGGCUUGCAAUGACAAUAUGGGAUACUGCGAUGUGUUCCACAAGUGCCGCGGCAUAGACGAGGAAGGUCCCUUGACCCGCAUCGAAGGACUGAUCUUCAGACAUAGCGGAAUGUUGCAUCGCUGGGUUAAGGAUAAUAAGUGGGCUGUGGCUGCAUUCUGCGUUGUUCUUGUAUUUGGGGUUGUCACCUUCAUUCGCUGCUGUGCUGUAGUAACGCCCAGCAGUAACCCACACUUCCGACCUGCUCUGUCGAUCAAACAAAGUCUCACACACCCCAGUGACCUCUGGCGAUCGGGGAUAAAAAGUUACUCCAGUUAAUCUUGCUGGAGAGACGCAAGGUAUUUCUUAUGUAGUCCAAUGCAAUCGUCUCUGCAUUUACUGCGAUACAAAUAUACGGGAUGUUGUACAUGUUACCAACACGUUUGAAGGAGAACCUAAAUAUAUUAAAAAUAUAUUGGAAAUUU